AUGGCAUCCUCGGCGGACAAUGUGGCGCCUGUCGAGAGCUUCGGCGAAAAGAGACUUGCCGAAACACCAUUGAGAAGCGAGGAAGCGUCACGGGGAAGCUACAGAUUCAAAAACAAGAGAAUGAAGAAUGGGCACGCUGUACAGAGCAAGAUCUUGAAAACCAACGGUACCAACGAGGAAAUUCUAUUGGAAGAUGUAACGGCGCUCAUCAAGAAACUCACCGUAGGAAAAGAUGGAAACGUAGCCUCGAAAGAUCUUCCGGAAAGGCUCGCAGAGAUCGAGGUACAGAUCAAAGAGAUCUCGUCUACCGGCGAUGGGCUCGGCUUCCAGGAAGGCUCCGAUUCGGAUCAGGUCUAUGUGGUUCCGUUCACAGCACCUGGCGACAAAGUAACGGCAAAAGUCUUCAAGCACUUUGAAAAAGAAAAAUACACCAUGGCCGAUUUCAUCAAGGUCAAUAGUCCCUCGGAACAUCGUGAUCAAUCGCUUGUCAAGUGUCCCUACUUUUCAUCCUGUUCGGGCUGUCAGUUCCAGAUGCUGCCCUACGACUUUCAGCUGCAACACAAGAGGUCCAUCGUCGAGAAAGCCUACAAGAACUUCUCCAACUUACCACCAGAGCUCAUCCCAGUCAUUGGCGACACAAUCGGCUCUCCUCUCCAGUACGGAUACCGCACAAAACUCACCCCUCAUUUUGACGGGCCUCCAGACGCCAGGCGCAGCGAUGGCCGCCACGGCAUCAGGCGCACGUUCAAGGAGAUGCCUCCAAUCGGGUUCAUGAAGAAGGGCACCCGUAUCACCAUGGAUAUUGAAGACUGUCCCAUUGGCACUGAUGCCAUACGCAACGGCAACAAGCGCGAGCGUAAACGUGUCGCCGCCGAACUCGCAAACUACAAGAAAGGCGCAACCAUACUCCUUCGCGAAAGUACAGAGCGUAUCCCCAAGUCUGAAUACGAUGCUUCAAAAGAAGAAGACAAAGAUGCCGUCAUCGAAGAGCGCGGAGACUUCAUUCACCGCAAAACAUGCGUUACAGACCCCAACGCCAAAACCACAGAAUACAUUGACGACACGUUCCAAUUCGUCAAUCCCGCCGGCUCCUUCUUCCAAAACAACAACUCCAUCCUCCCCGUCUUCACCCAAUACAUACGCGAACACAUCCUCCCCACCACCCCAGAGCACAAAAUCACACACUUGAUCGAUGCAUACUCUGGCUCAGGACUCUUCACCAUAACCCUCUCCGAGUUGUUCAAAUCCUCCCUCGGCAUCGACAUCAGCUCCAGCUCCAUCGACUCCGCCACAACAAACGCGCGACUCAACAACCUGCCCAGCACAACCACACGCUUCAUCGCCGCCGACGCUGCCAAACUCUUCGCGUCCAUCUCCUCUCCCGCCAAAGAGACCGUCGUGAUGAUCGACCCGCCCCGCAAAGGCUGCGACGAGUCGUUCCUCAGGCAAUUAGUAGAGUACGGACCUCAGAGAGUGGUGUAUGUCAGUUGCAAUGUACACACGCAGGCGAGAGAUGUGGGUGUGCUUGUUGGCGGCAUGAUGGGCGUGGAUGGUGGGUUUGGUAAGGGAGAGGGGUGUUAUGAGAUUGAGUCAUUGAGGGGAUUUGACUUCUUCCCAAUGACAGGGCAUGUUGAGGGAGUCGCGGUGUUGAGGAGGAAGGAGGUUAAGGAGGAGGGCGAGAAUGGAGUGGCUGAAAAUGGAACGGCGGAGGGAGGGGACGGGAUGAAAGCGUAG